AGAAGAAGCCCCCAACCAGCACGGCGCCCGGUGCGCACUUUUCCCACAGGAGUGAUGCGGCGAGUCCUCCGCGGCGCCAGGGGGCGUCGCUUCGCAGCGCGGCGGCCACGCAGGGGUCAGAGGUGAACCGGGUUCACGUGUGGCUGAGGGCCGGCGGCGGCGGCGGCGUGGACGAGCCUUCACAGCAUUUGCCAUGCGUAAUCUGAAAUUGCUGCAAAGCCUGCACUGUAGCGGAUGGCAGGGCUUGGGAACACCUCAGUGUCUGACUGUUCGUACGGAUACAGGCACAGUGCUGGUGGGAUCAGAUUUGGGAAUCACAGAACUUGAUCCACACACAGAACAGGUGGUCAGUAAGGUAUCUUUGGUUGAAGAAGCAUAUCUCCCUGAAGAUGGCACUGGGUGUAUUGUUGGUAUUGAGGAUCUGCCCGAUCAGGAAUCGGUGUGCAUUGCCACUGCAUCUGGAGAUGUUAUACUUUAUAAUCUAAGCACAAAUCAGCUGGAAUGUGUUGGCAGUGUUGACAGUGGACUAACUGGGAUGAGCUGGAGUCCAGACCAGGAACUGGUUGUACUUACCACAGGACAAGAAACAAUAAUAAUGAUGACUAAGGACUUUGAGCCAGUCGCUGAAGUCAAAAUUCACCAGGAUGAGUUUGGUGAAGGAAAAUUCAUCACUGUUGGUUGGGGGAAAAAGGAGACCCAGUUCCAUGGAACUGAAGGUAAAGAAGCAGCUCUUCGUAAGCUAGUGGAAGUUGAGCCGGCCCAUCCUUGGGACGAUCGUAAGUUCCGUGUGACCUGGCGAGGUGAUGGGCAAUUGUUUGCAGUUAGUGCCAUUUGUCCAUUGACAGGGUCCAGAAAGCUGAGGGUAUGGAACAGAGAAUGUGUGCUCCAAUCAACCAGUGAACUUGUUAAUGGUCUUGAACAGGCCCUGUGCUGGAAACCAUCUGGGAGCUUGAUUGCAUCCACACAGCGAAAGCUGAACAAACAUAAUGUUGUGUUUUUUGAACAGAAUGGUUUACUGCAUGGGGAAUUUUCACUUCCUUUUGAGAAAAACCAAGUUAAGGUAAAGGAGCUGCUCUGGAACAGUGAAUCUACAGUACUGGCAGUUUGGCUGGAGGAUUUGAAAUCAGCAGAUAAAGAAGACAAAGAUGGCCAACAAAAUACAUAUGUUCAGUUAUGGACUGUGGGAAACUAUCAUUGGUACCUGAAGCAGAGUCUACAUUUUGGUUAUGAAUGCAUUGUGUCCCUAAUGUGGGAUCCCGAGAGCCCCUAUCGACUCCAUGUCCUCUGCAGUGGAUGGUGUUACCUCUCCUAUAACUGGCACUGGACCACAGAUAGAAGUAAAGGAGAUGACAGCACUGAUUUUGCUAAUGUAGCUGUGAUUAAUGGAGAUAAAGUACAUGUGACACCUUUUCGCCAGACAGUAGUUCCUCCUCCAAUGUGUGCCUAUCAACUGCAAUUACCCUGUCCAGUUAAUCAGAUUAUAUUCUCCUUGGAUCCUCAAAGAAGCAACAAUUUGGCAGUUUUAACAGCUGAUAACCGGAUUUUAAUCUACCAGGCUGGUGAUGGUGUGAAUCAAGAUUCCACCAUUAAAACUGAUGCUGUUGGAGGAAGAGGAAUGGCAAACCACAUGACAGCUCCCAAACUGGUCAAAACAUAUAGAAUUAAUUUUGAAGAAGGAAAAGGUGACUCUCUAAUGCCUUUGAAGAUACGCUUUAUAACCUGGAUAAAGGAAAAUAGGUUUAUGGGUGUGUUUCAAGGUCCAACCACGUCCCAGUCUGUAGUCUGUCAGCUGGUAACUUCAUCAGACGAGAGUCAAGAGGGAGCAUUAUGGGUCAGGACUCCCAUAACUGUUGAUGGGCAGAUUAUCAACCUGUGCCACAACCAUAAGACACAGAGUGUAGCCUUGGAACUCUCUAAUGGAUUGAUCCUGAGAUACCUUUGGGCUACUGAGUCCUCUGAGCCAUGUGUCAAACCAUGGAAGUCAGCUGAUGGAUGUUUUGUACAAUUUUCUCAGCCUUGUGUACAGACAGCUCUAUGUACUAUUGAAGGGGAGGAAAUGGUAUUGGGUCUGACAGAAAGAUCUCGAUUUUUUGUUAAUGUCUCAGAGAUAGCUUCCAAUGUUACUUCAUUUAUAGUACACGAUGAGUUCCUGCUAUUCACAACGCAUUCACACACUUGUCGCUGUCUCAGUCUUAGGACUACUUCAUUAAAAGCUUUGCUGCAUCUUCCAAGCAGCGAUUCCCAGCCAAACGAUGAGACAGUUCGUAGAGUGGAGAGGGGAUCUCGUAUAGUGACUGUGGUACCUCAUGAUGCCAAACUCAUUCUGCAGAUGCCACGAGGAAAUCUGGAAGUUAUUCACCACAGAGCGUUAAUACUUGCCCAGCUCAGAAAAUACCUGGACAGGUUAAUGUUCAAGGAGGCCUUUGAAUGUAUGAGAAAGCUGAGAAUAAAUCUCAAUCUCAUCUAUGAUCACAAUCCAAAGGUCUUUUUAGAAAACGUGGAGAACUUCUUACAACAGAUCACUUCCAUAAAUUAUAUCAACUUGUUCCUGACUGAACUGAAAGAGGAAGAUGUCACAAAAAUGAUGUAUCCAUAUGUCUCAAACUCAUCAACUUCUGUACCUGAGAUUGGGAAUAAAGUGGACACAAUCUGUGAUGCAUUGCGAACUGCAAUGGAGAGAAUAAACCCCAACAAGUACAGUUUGUCUAUACUGACCUGCCAUGUACGAAAACGUGCUCCAGAACUGGAAACUGCUCUCCAGAAAGUCCAUGAGCUCAGAGUGAAUCCUUCAAGUGACCCUGAAGCAGUCAGUGCUGAGGAAGCCCUGAAGUAUCUCCUCUUCCUAGUAGAUGUUAACGAAUUAUAUGACCAUGCAGUGGGUACAUACGACUUUGACCUAGUGAUGAUGGUAGCAGAAAAAUCACAAAAGGAUCCAAAGGAAUAUCUGCCAUUUUUGAACAAAUUAAAGAAAAUGGAGACUAAUUACCAGCGAUACACCAUAGACAAAUAUCUAAAGCGUUAUAAAAAGGCUGUCGAGCACCUUAGUAAAUGUGGUCGUCAGCAUUUCACUGAGCUUCUAAACUUGGUAAAGGACCAAAAGAUGUACAGUGAUGCCUUGAAAUUAUUCUCACCAAAGAGCCAAGAAUACAAGGACAUCAGUGUUGCAUUUGGCGAGUACCUCAUCGAGAAGCAAUACUAUGAGCAGGCAGGGCUAAUCUUGACACGAUGUGGGGAAUGUGAAAAGGCACUGGAUGCUUUCCUGCUAUGCUGUAAUUGGCAGCAGGCUUUUUGCAUGGCUGCUCAGCUCCACUAUACUGAGGACAAAGUGAUUAGCAUGGCACGGACUAUGUCAGGGCGAUUGAAGGAACAGCGGAGAUAUUCUGAGGCAGCCUUAAUCCUGGAGCAGUAUGCUAAGGACUAUGAAGAAGCCAUUACGUCACUCUUAGAAGGAGGCGCCUGGGAAGAGUCAUUAAGACUGAUUUACAAGUACAACAGGACUGAUAUUUUGGAAACAAACCUGAAACCUUCCAUAUUGGAAGCUCAUAGUAACCAGAUGGCAUUCCUCGAUUCUCAGAAAACCUUAUUUAUCCGUCAUAAAUCCCGGCUCAAAAUUGUAUGGGAAAUGAAACUGAAAGCACAGGAAGGAUUAUUAGAUGAGGAGGUGGCCGAUGGCCCGGACUCUGAUCUCUAUUCAGACAGAAGCAGUUUGCGGUCAGCAGGUGGAGUGAGCUCCAAAUAUUCGCACAGUAACUCCAGGAUAUCAGCGCGGAGUUCAAAAAACCGUAGGAAAGCAGAACGGAAAAAGCACAGCUUGAAGGAGGGGAGUCCUAUGGAAGAUGUAGCAUUGCUGGAAGCAUUGAGAGAAAUAAUAUGCACUGUGGACAAACUGACAGGUGAAGUGCACAGCUUGCUGAAAGUUUUGGUCCUUUUUGGCUUUGAUGAUCUGGCUUCAGAGCUGCAAAAAGUUCUUGAAGGCAUCCUACAGCUAAUGGAAAAGUCAAUUGCUGAUAUCUGGCAGUCUGAUGUGAAGAGAUCAACUCCCUGUCCAGUUCUUGGACCAGAUUCUACUGCAAAUAGUAUUACCGCCUCCCUCCAAUGGCCACGUGGAAUGACAGCUCACCAAGAUGAAGAAGUCUUUGUCCCACCUAAACUCACUAAGAAUGUGAAGUGGAAGCUGAAUAUUCUAUGAAUCAAUUCCAGUCAGACACAUCACCAUCUUUGGACUAUCUGUUACUAUCUGUGUAUAAUGCAGUCAGCAUGAGGCAAUGUGAAUGCAAAGCUGACUCGUGAAAAUGAUUAGCAGUGAUGGAUGCACAAACAGGAAUGUGGACGCUUUCUCCAGUUACAAAAUGUGACUGAUCGUAUGACCACGUCUUUAUUACAAUCAUAAAACUUGUACUCAGAAGGCAAGAAGUUAUAAACCAUCACUUGAAAAUCUUGGUUAACACCUAUUAUUUCCUUGUAAAAAUCUGAAUUUUAUAUUCUUUUACAAAUGUUUCCAUGUUUCCACAGUGAUUUUGAAAGCAAACAAAAUGGGUAAAGAAAGCCAUUUGUCAUGGAAGGUGGUGUGAGAUAAACACUUGGGCAGCAGGAACAUAAAAUACAUCCCCAAAUUAGGGCAGAAUCUGCAAAUGUUAGAUGUUUUCUGUAACAGGAAAACCAUCACUGACAAAAGUAAAAUAACAGGGAGGUUUCAGUGUAUUGCUGUGAGAUCUGAAUUUAGAUCAAGAUCUCUUGCUAACUGAAAAAUGUUGUAAAUGAUUUUAUUUAUAGGCACUUUGGAAAAUUGCUUUAAGACUGCAUCAGAAAUUCAGAUGUCAGUCAUUCAGUCUGUAUGAUUGUCAAUUUAUAUGUUAUUCUGUUUGUAGAGGUUUGUAUGAUGCUUGUUUGGUUGCAAGAGUUUGAGUAAGCAAAGUGCUUGCACAAUAAAUUGCAAAGACAUUGGUGAUGA